AAAACUCCAACUUUCUCUGCUCUUUCAGUCCCCAACUCUCCCCCCAAGUUUUUCCAUCCAAGUUCCAAUUCUAGAGAGAGACAUAGAUCGAGAGAGAGAGAGAGAGAGAGAAAGAGAUAUGGCUCAAGCUGAGCCAUUAUGCUUCUUGAUUAUCUUUUCUUGAAUGAAAUGAAAUGAAAUAAAUGCAAACACACCCAAACCUCUUCUUCCCAGAAGAAGAUGGCAUUCCAAGAAACACAAAAGCUUCCAUUUUUAUUUGAUGCUGCUUUGUACUGUGAAGAAGAAGGAGAGCACUGGGGACAAGCAGACAGAGAUGCCAGCUGUUCCAUUGAAGAAGGAGAAGAAGAAGAAGAAAAUGUGGUGUUUUUGGAACAGGAUUUGUUGUGGGAAGAUGGUGAGUUGGGUUCUCUGUUGUCUAAGGAGCAAGAAAAUGAGAUGUUUAAUGUGGUUCAGAAAACCCCAGAUUUGGCUAAGGCUAGAAAUGAGGCUGUGGAGUGGGUUUUGAAGGUUACUGGCUAUUACUCCUUCUCAGCUCAAACUGCCCUUCUUGCAGUGAACUAUCUUGACAGGCUCUUCUUCCUCAGCCUUGAGUCUCAGACUCAGAAGCCCUGGAUGAGUCAACUCGCUGCUGUGGCUUGCCUCUCUCUUGCUGCUAAAGUUGAAGAGACCUUUGUCCCUCUCCUCCUAGAUUUCCAAGUUGAGGAAUCCAAGUAUGUGUUUGAGGCCAAAACCAUCCAAAGAAUGGAGCUUUUAGUACUCUCCAAUCUUCAAUGGAAGAUGAAUCCUGUGACUCCAUUCUCAUUUCUUGAUUACAUUGCCAGGAGGCUUGAGCUGAAGGGCCAUCUCUGUUGUGAAUUCCUUAGGAGAUGUGAGGGUGUUCUUCUCUCCAUCAUUUCUGAUUGCAGAUUCAUGUGUUACCUACCCUCUGUAAUGGCAUCUGCCACAAUGCUGCAUGUUAUUAGCAGGCUAGUGCCCACUGUUGGUGAAGAGUCCCAAGAACACCUAAUGGGCAUUCUUGGAAUUGACAAGGUGAAAGUGGAGGAAUGCCACAAGCUAAUCAAGGAAGUAGCAUCAAGAAUCCACUUUGAAUCAGCUUAUAAAAGGAAGUAUGGAGCAAUGCCAGGGAGCCCCAAAGGUGUGAUGGAAGUGUCAUUUAGCUCAGACAGCUCCAAAGAUUCCUGGGCAGUGUCUUCUACUACCUCUGCAACAUCCUCAGUUUCUUCAUCCCCAGAGCCAUUGUCCAAGAAGACAAGGAUGAUGUCCCCUCAACCUCAACCUCAACCUCAAGAACAUCAAAACCCCCACCACCAUAUUAUUAAUCAUUAAUCUUAAUUGUCCUUAAUAUUUCCUCAAUUUAGACUAAAUAAUAGGCACCUCAUCAGCUCCCUGUUCUUGUUUAUUUGUUAGUAACAUGUUAAAUUGCCCACCAUCUUUGCACAAUUUCAGUCAGUCCAAGCCCCUGUUCAAUGCUAGUAAGGUGCUACUAUACAUAUAUUUAUGAUAUGAUGGGGCAUGGAGAUUUGGACCCUCUUAGAGGUGGAGAUGGUAGGCAUUUUAUCCGGAAAUAUAUACCUCAAAUAUAUAUAUACCAAUCAAUAAGAGUAAGCUUAGUUUAUAUAAA